UGAGAGAUGCGGUGUUGGGGAGACGGCUCCAACGGGCAGUUUGGCCGGUCAGCGAGGCAGAGUGUGUUGUCUCCCUCUGCAGGGCCCAUCUCUGUGAAGACGAGCCAGAUUUCAUGCGGGGAACAGCAUACUCUGUUUCUCCUGGAAGAUGGAACUGUUUUGUCAUGUGGUCACAAUUCAAAGGGGCAGCUUGGAAGACAGAAAGAUCAGGAUUCUAAAUCACCUGGACGCGUGGAGGGUCUGGGUGGUGUGGUGAGUGUCGCGUGCGGUCGGGACCACAGCGUGGCGGUGCUGUGCUCAGGGUGGGUGCUCUCCUGGGGGGCUGGAGGAGCAGGACAGCUGGGCAUCGACACCUCCGCCCCCCCCUCAGCCCCCAGGCCCCGGCCAGUACCUUUUCCUGAUCGAAUCCAGGUGGUUCAGGUAGCCUGUGGUGAUGCCCAUUCCCUGGCCCUGGCGUCAGGUGGAGAUGUGUAUUCCUGGGGUCUGAACAGCCACGGCCAGCUGGGCCUGGGGAAAGGCGUGUCCCUGCAGCCCUUCCCCACCCAGGUGCGCUCCCUGACUGGGGUGCCCGUCACCCAGGUGGCAGCCGGAGGCACCCACACCCUGGUCCUCUCCCUCCCAGGCCUGGUCUACUGCUGUGGGGAUAACCGGGCGGGGCAGCUGGGCCUCAACAGGGUGGACGAGAAGGGGCGCUUCAAUGUGUGUGAGGUUCCUGCACUCAGAUCUCUGGGGAUCAGCUUCAUCAGCUGUGGAGAUGCCCACACUACCGUCCUGACCAAGAACGAACGAGUUUUCAGCUUCGGAGAGGGGAGCAGAGGUCAGCUUGGUCACAACUCCACAGCCAAUGAGCAGAGCCCUAGACUGGUGGAGGGCCUGGUGGGAGUGGCCUCGCAGAUCACCUGUGGCAGGAGCCUUCGUUCCAUCUGCUGGACACACCGUCACACCGAUGACGACUUGGAGAACCUGGACAUGACCUACUCAGUGCACUGGGGCAACAGAAAAGUUGAACUUGACCCGAAGCAGCCAGGGAAACUUGUCACAAGUUCCAACAAGAGAGAGUUUGUUGAUGCCUAUGUCAACUAUGCUUUCAACCAAUCGGUGGAGCGGGUGUUUGAGGAGUUCAAGAGAGGUUUCUUCAAAGUGUGUGACAGGAAGGUGGUGGAUCUGUUCCAGCCUACGGAGCUGCAGGGGGUCAUGGUGGGGAAGGAAGACUAUGACUGGCCCAUACUGAGAGAGAGCUGUGUGUAUGAAGGAGAGUUCCACGCCUCGCACCCCAGCAUUGUGGCGUUCUGGGAAGUGUUUGAGGAGCUGACGGCAGAGCAGAAGAAAGCCUUCCUCUUGUUUCUAACAGGCUGUGAACGCGUCCCCAUCCUGGGUAUGAAAACUAUUAUUAUGAGGGUGUCGCCUCUCCUGAAUGCCAACGAACACCAUUUCCCAGAAUCCCUGACAUGCCACUUCCUGUUGCUGCUGCCUAUCUACCCAUCCAACCAGAUCCUCAAGGCCAGGCUGAUCGAGGCUUUGAACCACAACAGAGGGUUCUGGAAGGAAUGAGGCCUAUAUACAUUCUGAUGGUGAAAAUGCAUGAUUGCACUUACUAUUGUAGUUCAUUGUUGUUAUAGAGUGUGUUGGGACACGAAAUCCACCUUAAUUGUUAUGUGCAUUUGAUUUAUGAAUACUAGUGGGGCUUAUGAAUGAUCAGUUAUGAAGUUAUAUGUCUUAUGAAUACACAUAUUUAUGUUGCUAUCUUAACUAUCUACAUUAACAUUACACUCUAUUUAA